CCAGAGCAAUGCUCACCAAUGGGACACUUAAAAGGUUGCAGUUUGGAGAAACAGGGGAGUCUGGACGAGUUUGUGUGAGGAAAGUUUAUGAUCUGUUAUUGCCAUGGCUAAGCUAGUGGAAUGUGUUCCCAAUUUCUCAGAGGGGCGUAACAAAGAGGUAAUUGACGCCAUAGCUGAUGCCAUCUCUGGCACGGAGGGGUGCAGUCUGUUGGAUGUAGAUCCAGGUUCUUCCACUAACAGGACGGUCUACACGUUUGUGGGCUCACCCGAGGCAGUAAUCGAGGGUGCACUGAACGCUGCUCGGGUUGCGUUUAAACUCCUAGACAUGAGCAAACACUCAGGUGAGCACCCUCGGACUGGUGCCAUGGAUGUCUGUCCCUUCAUACCGGUGCAAAAUGUCACCAUGAAGGAGUGUGUACAGUGCGCAAAUGAAUUUGGACAGAGGUUGUCUGAUAUGUUGCAUGUGCCAGUCUAUCUCUAUGGAGAAGCGGCUAGAAAAGAAAGCAGGAGGUCUCUACCUUCUGUCCGUGCAGGCGAAUAUGAAGCAUUACCAGAUAAGCUGAAAAAGAGCGAAUGGGCCCCUGAAUACGGCCCUGCCACUUUCGUCCCCUCGUGGGGAGCCACUGUUACCGGCGCUCGAAAGUUUCUUGUCGCCUACAAUGUAAACCUGUUGAGUACAAAGGAACAAGCACACAGAAUCGCUCUGGAUAUAAGAGAACAGGGUCGUGGUAAAGAUCAACCCGGGCUCCUGAAAAAGGUUCAGGGUAUGGGAUGGUAUCUGGAGGAAUCUUACCUGGCUCAGGUGUCCACCAACAUCCUCGACUUUGAGCUGACGCCCGUACACACCGUGUAUGAAGAAAUCUGUAGAGAUGCCAAAGAUCUGAACCUGCCAGUGGUUGGCUCCCAGAUUGUGGGUCUUAUCCCAUUGAAAGCAAUGUUGGACUGCGCUGACUUCUACAUACGGCGAGACAAUCUCUUCGUUGUGGAGGACGAGCAUAAAAUCCGACUGGUUAUCAGCAAACUAGGACUCGACUCUUUGGGGCCGUUCAUUCCAAAAGAAAGAAUCAUAGAGUAUAUGGUGCGGGACAGUCAGGACGGUGGGCAGCUGGCGUCUUUGUCUUUGCAGAAGUUUGUCCACAGUGUCGGGGCCAGAACAGCGGCACCUGGCGGAGGCUCUGUCUCUGCAGCGAUCGCCGCCAUGGGUGCAGCGCUGGGCUGCAUGGUCGGACAGAUGACUUACGGAAAGAGGCAGUUUGAUUCCCUGGAUGCGGAAAUGAGAAGAUUAAUACCUCCUUUCCACGAAGCAAUGAAUGACUUGCUGCUCAAAGUGGAUGCUGAUUCAUCCGCCUUCAAUUGCUACAUGACUGCCCUGAAACUGCCUAAAGGCACUGCAGAUGAGAUCAAAAGACGAGAGGAGGCGAUGCAGGAGGGUCUAAAGCAGGCAGUGGGUGUGCCGCUCUCCCUGGCCGAAAAAAUCGACACGCUGUGGGCGCCGCUCAAAGAAAUGGUGAAGUAUGGAAAUGUGGCCUGCAUAUCAGAUGUUCAGGUCGCUGCGAAAGCUUUGGAAACGGCUGUGUUUGGAGCAUACUACAACGUCGUCAUCAAUCUAAAAGACAUAACAGAUACUUCGUUCAAAGCCGCUACUGAAGCGAGAAUAUCCGAGCUGUUGAAGAAAGCCAGAGAAAGUGCCAAAGUAGCGCUGGAAAUCGCAGACCACAGGAAAUGACAUCGCAGUUGAACCGUCACUCACGUGGGCAUUGCCAAAAAUCUGAAUUUCUUACAAAACAUCCAUCAUUUGUUUCCUAAAACAUGCAGAAAUAUAUGGGUUAUUAUAUAAUUGCAGAUAUAUUUGGUGUCCAAAGUAUUUUUUCUGCAUUUUUCAAAUGGUUAUAUAAAAUAAUAUUUUCUGUACAAAGUGUCAUAAGUGGGCGGGGCUUUAUAAAUGUGACCUCACAGUGCUUUGGUUUAAACGGGGAUUAUAAAACAAGGAGCGGGUGGAUUUUUUUCAUUGUAGUGUGGUUGUGUUUACACAUUGCCAACACACAUUAGGUCCAAAAACCUUGUAAAAGUGGAUUUUGCUAAUUAGGUGGCCUUUAAAAUGAUUUAAUAUGUAACCAUGUGAAUUAAGCAAAAAAAAAAAAAUACUUUUGGACACCAAAUGUACAAUUAUAUAAUCAAAAA